AUGCCUAUGUGGAUUUCAAGAGGUACAAGUGUGCCCCUAUCUGAAGAGCAGCUGAAGGGACUUCUCAAGAAAUAUGACACCAACGGUGACGGCAAGCUUAGUAGGAAAGAGCUGAAGGCGGCCUUCAAAAGCCUAGGGUUGCAUUUCAGCAGCUGGAGAGCUAGACGCGCAUUUCGCCAUGCAGAUGCUAACGGAGAUGGAUUUAUUAAUGAAGAAGAGAUGAAUGAGCUUGUCAAAUUUGCUUCCAAAUGGGGAUUUACUAUCGGCAAAGAAGAAGACAAUGGCGGAGAAGAAGCUGCCAAAAUGGUUGAUGCGGACGAUGAUGAUAACGGUGAAGUGAUCAGAUUGAGCAAGAAGAAACCCGGCCAGACCCGGACCACGGCGAGAAUGAUGUUGAGCAGCGAUGUUGCCCAGCUAGAUUUCGUCAACGGCGAUGAGAAAGGGGGGCUCGGUUGUUGA